AUGUUUAUGAUAAUUUAUUGGGUUGUUGUGCGCCGGCGCACGUUCUCGUUGCGUCACUGCUCGCUCCGAGGUGGAGCAGAAGAUAGCUUGAGUGGAUGGACUGGCACUACGUCCCACCUCGCGGAGAGCACAUCGAGCAUCACCAGCGCGGCUGGUCACAGGAGCCAACGAGGGUCUGGAAUCACGAACGACUUGAGACUGCGGCGCCAGUCACAGAAGGCUGGGGACAUCCCGGUAUUCGACCGGAACAAGGUCAGCCUGGACCUUCCUGGGAGCCUCUUCGGCCCCUCCGUAUCUCUCCUCAUCAACACCACUAAGAUCGUUGGCAGUGUCAUCCAGAACUCGGCGGUACGGUACCAGACAUUCCUGCGUCUUUUUCGACCGCUCUUCCGAGGACCAUUCGAGAUCAAGGGCUUAGAUCCUCCUACCACAACCACCACCACCACCACGACAAAACUACCCCCCAUUCGUGAUAACGAAGUGCGACGCAGAUGA